CCUCCCUUCCUUCUCCCUCAUAUGGUCUAUAUAAAAGCCUUGUUAUCUCACGGAAUUCUCAGAGAGAUUUAUAGGAAUUGAACAUGUCUCCAGAGACCGGAUCCCUCCUGCUACUCCUCCUGUUAUGUGCGGGAGUCACUGCUGUCAAUCUAACAACUGCAGGCCCCACCAAUGAUAAAGAAGCUUUGGGGCAUCUUAAAAUUCCGGAAGGAGUCACCCCAAAUUUCCACAGCCAAUACAAUUGGAGAGAGCUACAGAAGCACCAGCUUCUUCAAGAACCCAGCCUCCCUCCAUGCCAGAGGCCAAGACGCAGCACUCCAUCUACCUCUACAGAAGGCCCCAUACCCCGCAGCACAAUGCCAAAGAAACUAAAAGAUGACGUAGGCCCCUCCGUUUUACCGCAAGCCAGCGGGACCCCAAAAUGUCCCCAGCAAAAUGGAGCAAAUGUUGGAAGAAGGCGGACCAACACCCAAGAAGUCAUCUAAAUAAUUUAAGUCAUCUAAAUAACAUUUAUGACUGAGUUGAUUCUGGAGGUUUCAUCCAUAAACUUAUGUGCUUAUGAUCCCAAGGCAGAGACGGUCUGAUAGCCAUCCGCUGCCUAAACUGUUCGUUGUAGCGUAGCCAGGCCAUGCCACCAUGUGUCCUGUGUGCCUCAUUGAUGGUUUCCAAGUUACAGAGAAUAGUGAAACAGUGCUCAGGAGUCCUUUCCCCGACUCUUUCCAGAAGGGCGGAAGCCUGUGACCAAUUGGAAAAAAGUUAGUGGAAUUAGCCGGUAAUGUCGCUUCUCCUUUUCCUCCUUCUUACCUGGCUUCAAUCUAUCAAGAUUGAAUUUCUCCAGGGGAAACAGCAUGAAAAUCUCACCCUUCCAAAUUUUCUCCUUUACAUCCGAAUUAAGAUGAGAACCCAAAGGGCUCUCAAAACAAACAUAGACCUCGCACUUUGCAAAAUAGGCCAAGUGAACGGAAUCCACCCUUUUACCACUGUCCCCCAUAGUCUCCUGCUUGUCCGUCGGCACAGCACUCUCAGGGGUUCCCAAGCCCUGAACAAUACUCGCUGCCCCCCCCCCCUGCAGCCACAGCUAAUGGUUGCCGCCCAAACCACCAGGGGGGAGGAUUCCAGCGCACUCUCCUCGUAACUCCGUGGCGUCACCCACGCCGUCGUUAGCUUCGCUCUUGCUCCACCACCCGGUUCAAACUGGUUGACCAAAUUCCACAAACCCACUAACAGAUCCCGCAGGCCCGCAUCUGAGCCCACAGCAGCAGAAGAGGAAUCCGCUGUCCGUGGAGCAGAUGUAUCACCAAUAUCAGCAUCCAGCAUAGGGGCCUCCUGCCUAAAAUGACCUAACAAAUUAAC